GUGGACUACAAAUACAAAAGGAAGAACGAGAGAGAGAGAGAGUCUGAGAUAUAUACAGACACCUUACAGGCUUUACAGUUCAAAAAAAGCAAGCACAGAUUCAAUCAAACCCUACAGAACAAAUUCAGACAGAGAAAAUCGAAUAGGAUGGAAGAAUCGCGAGAAGUUCUAUUGAGUUGGCUCGCGAACUCGGGAGUUGAGAUUCCACUAGGUGUUUCGUCGAUUGAGCACCUCACGCCGGCCACGUUGGUCUCAAUCUGCUCUCAAUCACUCCGCUUGAUUGAUAAUACGUCGUCGUUUCCCACAUCUCUGCCUGACUCAAUGGCUGACCAGUUCAAGAUCUGUACAGACAUCGCCGCCGCCGUGAAGAACUUGGGUUACAUCGGAGACAUGAGCUUCCACAAGUUCCUUUAUCCAUCUGAAGAGGACGUGUAUAAGUUGGUGAGGUUCUUGGUGGAGAGGCUGUCUGAAUCAUCCGAAGCUGGGAAAUCUGCAGAAUUGAAAACACUCGAUACUAGAAUACUACCAGAGAAAAAAGAAUUUAGAAACACUUCAGAGGAUCGAUUUUUACAGCUGCGUAAUGAGGAGAUCAUAACCAGUUUGAAGGAUCUGAGACUGAAUGGUGAAAUGCCAGAGUCCUUGAUUGCUAAGCCUGAAGCUAUCAUCGUCACUGAUGAGUCCAAUGUGUCUGAUAUGAUUCCACUAAAGAUCCAAGAGGUUGCUCCGGCUGAGGCAUGUGGAACAGGCAUACAAGACUCAAGUAAGGACUCUACGACUGUUCUGGAAAAUGCCCACGGUUGGAUCGAUGGUAUCAGCGACUCUAGAUUUAAUGCUUCCGAAAAUGAAGAAACUGCAGCUCACAAAGAUAGUAAACAUGUUGAACAGAAUGAGCAGAAACAAACUUCUUGUCAAGAGCAUUCUUCUGAGAUUAAAAAGUUACAAAGUCAAGAAAAAGUUCUGUUGGAGGAGCUGAAUGCAAAGUCUUUAGAACUAGCAUGGCUGGAAGAAGAACACGAGCUAUUGAAAGCAGCAGUAGAAAUGGCAUUUGACAAUCAACAUCCUAUUGACUUUUACAUUGUGCAACUCAAUGAGCAAAUAGAUGCAAAAAGGCAUAAUCUUGUCCAACUGGAGUCACAGUGGGAUGCUUUCAGAGAGUCCUUGGAAGAGAAAAAGAGAAGUCUUGAGGAGGCUCUCUAUGCAACAAAACCAGAAGCGCAACAAAAGCUCCAAAAGUUGAAAGAAAUCGACUUGGAAACAAAGUCCAUCUUAUCUGAAAUCAAAAGAAGAGAGGAGGAGGUGCCUAAACUUGUGAAAGAUCUAGAUAAACAACCCAAAUUGCCAUCUAGGGGAUCCUACAUUCAGAAGAUCAAGGAGAUCACAAAGAACAGUCGGAAACAGGAUGGCGACAUAGAGCGGAUCUUAAAAGAAACCAGAGAGCUUCAGUUAGAGAGUAAUUCUAUCCAAGAACGACUUCAUCGAACUUAUGCUGUGGUAGACGAAACAGUUUUCAGGGAGGCGAAGAAAGACCCAGUAGGGCGGCAAGCUUACAGGCUGCUCACCAGCAUACAUGAGAGCUUUGAACAGAUCUCUGAAAAGAUCCUUGCCACUGACAGAACAAGCAGGGAAGUGGCUGACCUUGAAGCCAAGCUUGCAUCCAUGGCCUCACGAAGCUUAAAUAUUGAUAAGCUACAAGCAGAUCUUGAUUCCAUCAGGGAGGAAAAUGAAUCCCUUCAGCAAGGCCUCUCUAAUUCGUGAAUGUGCAAAUUUGUCCGUGGACUUUCACAGUCAACCAAUGUUGAUUUCUUAAUGGUUGUAUCAUAGAGAUGUUCGAAUAGGCACUCCGAAUUUAUUCAUUAUUUGUGGAGAAGAAGAAAUUGAUUGUACGUUCAUUUAUUUUCUUGUGAAUAGUCUUUGUUUUACAUUUUUAGUUCUCCC